GUCGCUAUGGAAGCGGCGAGUUAGUGAAAUUCGUGUAGUGGAAGUUUACCGUGGUUUUAAAUUAGAUACUGUGUGCGUGUGUGUAUUUUUUGUUUUACACCCUAGUUGUACCUAUUAAAAAAAAUAAAAGAAUGCCGAAAAAGAAACCGUUUAGCGUCAAACAAAAGAAGAAACAGUUACAAGAUAAGCGAGAGAGGAAAAGAGGUCCGCCUGAUGAGGUGCGCGCCGGGUCCAACAGCCGCAGCGGCAGCAUGGAGAGGCGCCGCGAGGAGCACACAGACACCUCCGACAGCGAGUCUGUGUCCCUCCAGGUCAGGAGAGUAAACCAGCAGCCUGGCCCUCGCCGGCCAGGGGAGAGAGGCUACGACCCAAACAGGUACCGGAUACACUUUGAGCGAGAGAGCAAGGAGGAGAUUGAGCACAGGAAGAAGGCUUCGAGGGAGAAGGUGCUGGAGCCAGUCCGGGAUUUGGAGCUGGAGAUUGACAUUGAUGACAUCUAUAAACCAGGCUCUGUGCUGGACUUCCCGAAGAGACCCCCUUGGGAUUACACGAUGUCGAAGGAGAAGCUGCUGCAGAUUGAGGAUAAGUCUUUCAGAGAAUACCUGGAGCGGGUCUACAGCCAGUAUAAGCCCACACAGCUUAGCUACUUCGAACACAACCUGGAGACUUGGAGACAGCUGUGGAGAGUGCUGGAGAUGUCAGAUGUUUUACUUCUCAUUACAGACAUCAGACACCCGGUCCUCCACUUUUCCCCUGCACUCUAUGACUAUGUUACCGUGGAGAUGAAGAAGAGCCUCAUUCUGGUGCUGAACAAGAUCGACCUGGCCCCGCCUGCUCUGGUGGUUGCCUGGCGACAGUAUUUCCAGCAGCGGUUUCCAGAGGUCUUCAUAGUCUGCUUCACCUCCUUUCCACAGAACAGAGGAGAGGGGAGGGACCCAGAGGAUGUGUUCAAGAAGCGCCGAAGGAGGAGAAGAGGGGGCUGGGCAGGAGCAAUGGGACCGAAGCAGCUACUCCAGGCAUGUGAGGCUGUCACUGCUGGCAAAGUGGACCUGAGCAGCUGGCGGGAGAAGAUGGAGCGGGAUGCAAUGGCAGCCAGGAGUGGGGGACUGGGUUCAGAGGGGGAGGAGGAUGAGGAGACGGUGCUAGUGGAACACCACAGUGACGUUGCCAUGGAGAUGGGAAUCCCCUCUCGGGAGCUUUUCAAAGAUGGGGUCCUUACUCUGGGCUGUGUGGGGUUCCCGAACGUUGGAAAGUCCUCUCUGAUCAAUGGGCUGGUGGGCCGGAAGGUGGUGAGCGUGUCCCGGACCCCCGGUCACACCAAGUACUUUCAGACCUAUUUCCUGACCCCGACAGUCAAGCUGUGCGACUGCCCAGGACUCAUCUUCCCCUCCCUUGUCCACAGACAGCAACAGAUCUUGGCUGGGAUUUACCCCAUCGCUCAGAUCCAGGAGCCCUACACAUCAGUGGGGUACCUGGCAGAGAGGAUUCCCGUCCAGGAACUGCUGAAGCUAAAGCACCCGGCCGCUGAGGAGAGCCGAUUGAAGGAGCGGGAGGCGCCUCUGUGGACUGCCUGGGACAUCUGUGAAGCCUGGGCGGAAAAGAGAGGCUACAAGACAGCGAAGGCGGCUCGCAAUGACGUGUACCGGGCUGCUAACAGCUUGUUGAGGCUGGCUGCGGACGGAAGGCUGUGUCUGUGCAUGAGACCACCGGGGUACGCGCUGCAGAAAGUGCACUGGGAGCAGCACCCUGAGACCGCAGAGAUCACCGCCCUGCAGGCAGCUCAGAGGCAUGACAGCCAGGCAACCUCGGAUGAGGAAGAGAUGUCCAGCUCGGAGCAGGAGGAGGACGAGAAAGACAGAGAUGCAGAUGAAGAGGAGGAGGAGGAGGAGGAAGAGGAAGAGGAGGGGCCAAGGGAGGAAGGAACUUCUUCAAAGAAGGCGCCAAAGAACAAAAUUCUUAGCUCCAAUAUGUUCUCGCUGCUGGGAGAUGAUGACGAGUGUGCUUAAUUCCACCCCCCACCCCCCCAGCUACAAUGUUGUAAUGGCUUCUGGUUGGUGAUGUGCGCUAGCAUGCAGUGCAGUGUGUUUUUACCCAUCUCUUGACAACUGUCCGCCCAGGCUCAUGAAUAAUAAAGUAGCGCCACAUUUUGGGGUUACAUUUGACUAGUUUGGCUGAGAAAGAGGGGGACCAAUGAGGGGUGUAGUUUCUCUAAUGCAGCAUUGCUUGCUUGUCUGCAAAGCUUCAGUAAAAUUGAAAACGUUUGGAUAUUAAAAUGCCUAAGUAAAAAGCUGGUGAUUUCUUCCUGGUAAGCUAGAUGCUGAAAUAGUAAGCCAUUGAAUAGAAAAGGAGGUAGAAAAGGUCAUUCUUAGGCUGUGUGACCUGUCAGUAGACUGCUACAAUGCGCUGGUUUAAAAUGACAGCUGUGCUGUUUUAUUAUAAGGUUGCUUUAGAAACUAGUCCGAUGGGCAUGUUUUGAUCACAAGCGGAGAUAAUAACUGAGAGUAAGUGUCAAAACCAGUGGCUUACUGUCCCUUAUUGAAAGUAGAAAAAGUCAUAAAAAAAAAAAGAACACCAUGUGUUUUAGCAAAGCCUGUGAAUAUAACCUGUUAUACGUUAUCCUGGUUCUCUGUGCCUUAUUAUCUACCUAUGAAUUCUCUUGGCUAAUCUGCAAUGGUGGAGGUGUUAUUGAGUGAGAGAGCAAUACAAUUCUGCAUGUAGGGUUGCCCCAUGAUGUUCACCACAUUCAGGCUCACUCUACUGCUGAUUUUGCAAACAGUUUGAACUAACUAGCCUCUGUACUGUAUAACAGAAAAGGCAGUUCCAGAUUAGUCUCGCCCAACAUGCUAAACAGGACAGAAGUCUUGUACACCCGUCAUCUGUGUUCUAAACAGUGUCAGUAACUGGGUCUAGAACAGUGGUCUAGACACUUCUGGAAUAUGGAUUUAGAAAUAAUCAUGGGGCCCUCUAAUAAAAGGUAGUUUAUUGCCCCCUUGCUUAAAAAUAAAUUAUUCCUGGGACAAUCCUAAUUAAACUUGAUUAAGGUGGUCUCUCCUUACUUCAGCAGUCUUGUAACAAGCUUUCCUCCGGUCUACAGCAUUGUCAGUUUGCAUAUUGUCUCUUCUACCUGAUUAAUAAAUAGGUAGGUGAAAAUUGAAAUCGUGCUGAUGUGAUGUAGGGGUUCCUUGUGUUUGUUUUUUUUUUUUUUUAGAGCUUUACGUUAUUACCAUGAACCUGGGAUGACUGAAAGUUUGGAAAGAGACGUCCUUCAAUCGGAUAACUUCUAGUCCUGUUGUGUUCAGCCUCUGCUUGCUUCUCUUGAAGAACCCCAAAAGAAUAUAAUAUUCCGAACAGCACUGCCACCCGUUGACCGCGGAUUGUAAUUACUUUUUGGAACAAACAAAAUCCAUCAGCUGUUGCCCUUUGUGCAUGGCACCUGUACUUGGAACUAAAGCCUUUCUAGGGAGAGAAGAAAGUCUUACUCCUGCUUCUGCCCUGUUUUAAGAUUCUCAGAAGGGAACCAUUCCUGUUUGCCCUCGGUUUUGACCAGAUCAGCGUAAAGGGUACUAAUCUGAAAUUUGGUAAAAAAAAAAAAAAAAAAAAAACUACCAUAUUUGAUAGCACAUUUAUGCCAUGUGAUGUAAAUGUGAAUAACACAAAGCAAGCUGCAUUGGCUGUGUUUAUACAAGUAAUCUCUUCUGCACUUUUCAAUGAUUUAUCAUUUGGCUCGUUUUACCAGUACAUUUAUACCUUCGCCCUCUUAAAAUCUGGUCAUGACUUUAGGCUGGAAAGCAUCCUAAAAUGCUGCAGCCGAGGAGAGUCAAGCGUGUUUAUGUUGGAAGAGAUCAAUGGAGACUUAAUGAGUCUAGUCACUGUGUUCUUGAGAUGCUGUCUUAAAUAUACAGCAAUAGCCAAAUGUUUUGCAUCAGCAAGAAUUAUAGGAUUGAGACAUCAUUAAAAAAAGAUAAAAAAUAAAACUAGCUU